AUGGAAGUGCGAGACCUGGACCAUGAUUGCUAUCUGGUGAAGCUCGAAAACGAUCAAGACUAUUUCAAAGCCCUCACCGAAGGACCUUGGACAAUUUUCGAUCACUAUGUGGUGGUGCACCAGUGGACUCCAAAAUUCAGAAUCUCAGAUCCCCUUCAGAAGAGGAUGAUUGUUUGGCUCCAACUACCCGGACUUCCGAUCCAUCUCUACCACAAAGAAGUUUUAACUUCUAUUGGAAAUCUAAUUGGGCGCACCAUCAAACUCGAUUACCACACAUUGAAUCAACAAAGAGCCAAAUUCGCGCGCCUGGCUGUGGAGAUCGACCUGGGAAAGCCCCUUAUUCCUCGAGUUCACAUCGACGGGGAAUGGCAGAAGGUUGAAUACGAAAACCUUCUAGAGGUGUGCUUCGAAUGCGGCAAGGUGGGUCACCCGUCGGUCUCCUGCCCAAAGGUUCGUUUAACUCCUCAAACGGGUGCUCUGACGGUGGCCGGAAAUCUGGGCGUGGAAAGCUCCGACGCGAUGACAGUGGCGGAACCGAGCGCAAGUUUCGGUCCUUGGAUGAUAGUUACCAAGAAAAGUCGACGGAAUAAUAGGGAUCAAAAUCGGAAAGGGAAGGAGGAAUCGGAGGAAGGGAAACUGAAUCAUGGGAAUGGGAGCAGGAACGGAAAGAAUAAUUUGGCAAGAAAGGAAAGUGGAGAUAGUGCGGGGCGGCCUCACCAUAAUCCUCAGAAUACCCAACGGACAAAUAUCUCAGAGAAUAAACAAAUGGCUGUUGGCAAAAGCAAGGAAGAGGCAAAAAAAGGUAAGGAGAAAGUGGGAUUGGCGGGUCCACCGACUUCUAAAGGACUACUGGGCCCCGGCCCUUUUCUGUCCAACACCACUGGGCCUAAGGCCUCUCCCGGCCCGUCAGAGGCUUCCUCUUCACAUGGCACUAGAGGGCCAUCUUCCACACCUGCUCCCCUUUCUCCUAAGACUGGACCCGCUACCAACACCUCAAGCCAAAUCUUUCUAGCGGCGGAUAUGCCCAUCCAACUCUUGACAGGGCCCAAUGGCACUAACAUGCAGAUAAUCUCGACCAAACAGCCCACUUUCACACCUCUAUCAGAGACAAAUUCCAAGCGGCAGGAGCUGGGAGGGAAGCAGAAGCAGAAUAAAACUUCUAAAACCAUAUUGCGCAAGAGCUCCCCGAUGAAGCAGAAUCCUCUCAAGCCGCUGCGGAUUUGGUCUCCGAUGAAGGAGAAGAAGAGCAAAACGAAAUCUCGGCUGGCCACCCUUACUCUUGAAGAGAUAAAUGACUGGACCAAGGGGGGGAUGGAAGCAGUAGCGAUGGAUUUGAGGAAAGUAGAUUCGCCGGUCAGAAAUGCUCCGGUGACUACCCCUCCUGAGAAUCAAGCGGCGACUCCCUCCACCUAA